AUGCAAGGGCCCGAUCAGGGCUAUCAGCUCGGAGUUGAUGUGGGCGGCACAUUCACAGACGUUUAUGUCUUUACCCCGCACAGAAAGACCGUUCGCGCAAAGGUGCCAACGACACUGCCAGAUCAGAGUAUUGGCAUUCUGCAGGGUAUUGCCAAGGCUCGUGAGAUAUUGAAAGAGCAAUUUGGCUGGUCCGGGACUUUCCAAUUUAUUCAUCAUGGUACGACUACUGCGACAAAUGCAGUUCUUGAAGGGAAGGGUGCUCGGACGGCGCUGAUUGUCACGGCUGGUCAUAAGGAUGUUUUGGCCUUGCGCCGCUCCCAGAUCCCUGGUGGUUUGGGGGCUUGGUUGCACUGGACACCGCCUGAGCCUAUAGUGCCUCUUGAGCGGGUGGUUCAGUGUAAAGAGCGCAUGUCUGUUCAGGGGGAGACGGUCUCGCAGGUUGAUAUAGAGGAUCUGCGUCGUGGCCUGAGAGAUCUGGCUCGCCAUAAACCGGAAGCUGUUGCGAUCUCGUUGUUGAAUUCGCACAGCAAUGAUUCUCAUGAGCGAGUUGUUGAAGAAAUUGUUCGCGAGGAGCUUGGUGCGAAUAUCGCGAUCAAUUGCUCUGCUGAUGUUCUGCGCGAAGUCGGAGAAUACGAGCGAACAGUGACAACUUGCACCAAUACUCUCGUCAAGCCGGUAGUCGAGAAAUACCUGCACAAUCUGUCUGAGGCACUGGCAGCGGAUAGUGAGGCUAUUCGGGUCCUCAAGAGCGAUGGAGGACUCACCAGUCUCACCCUGGCGUCUGAAUUACCAGUCAAUAUCCUCAUGUCAGGUCCUGCUGGAGGUGUGAAAGGAGUAGCCGAUGUUGUCGCUCGAAGCACUCCAUACAAAAAUUUGAUUACCUUGGACAUGGGCGGAACUUCCACCGAUUGUGCGCUGAUUUACAACGGGAAACCCCAGCUCCGACGAGAAACCGUCGUGGAAAGCCAUUCUGUUCGGGCGCCUGCGGUGGAUAUCAAAACUGUCGGAGCCGGAGGAGGAUCUAUCACAACGUACAUGGAGCUGACUGAAACGAUGAGAGUGGGCCCCGAGAGUGCCGGAGCAGUGCCUGGGCCUGCGUCAUACGGAAAAGGUGGCAAGCAGGCGACCGUGACAGAUGCAAAUUUGGUCUUGGGAUACUUGCCCAAGACACUUUUAGGUGGCGAGUUCGCUCUGGAUGUCCAGGCUGCCUUGACUGCCGUUGAAGACAUUGCAAACCAAAUGAAGCUUCCCGUUAUACAGACAGCAGAAGACAUCAUCACAAUCAUCAAUGAGACCAUGUAUGGGGCCUUGCGUCUUGUUUCUGUGGAACAAGGCUACGACCCUCGUGAAUUCGCACUGGUCGCCUUUGGCGGUGCUGGCCCGCUGCAUGCAAAUGCUGUCGGACAGCUGCUUGGUGCCUGGCCUGUCAUCAUUCCGCCUUCGCCUGGAAUCUUGUGUGCGCAGGGAGAUGCCGCUACCAAGCUCAGACAUGAACAAUCAGCGACAUUCAUUCGUCUCGUCUUGUCGACGACUAUCACCGAGGCCGUGGGGGUGUAUCAAACACUCGAUCAAGAGUGCCGUGAGACAUUAUCCAGGACCGCGGGCAAGGUGUGGCCAGUCUCGUGGCGAACAUCAUACCAAGCAGACCUUCGGUAUAAGGGUCAAGCUUUGACCAUCACAAUUGAUCUUGAAGAGAGUGAUCUAGCCCUCAGUGCCGAGGAGUGGCAUAAUAUGCUGCGCCAAAAGUUCGAUCAACAGCACCAACAAAUGUUUACCUACUGUCUGCCCGACUUUGAACUCGAGCUGAUGAGAUUGGGAGUUGUGCUGGAGGAUUCAUCACCUGGUAUUGACAUCCCCGAGGUUGAACAAGCGACUGUUCCUCCUGCAGAUGCGAAGACCGGCGAGCAGAUUAUCAUCGUAGAAGGCAAAGAGAAACUUGCAACGCUGUGGGAUCGUCAGAAGAUCAGUAAACAGGGUAUCCGAGUCAAUGGACCAUGCAUCAUCUCUGAGAUGGAUAGCAAUACUUUAAUCUUGCCAGGGUAUUAUGGCGAAAUUGACAGCAUUGGAAAUAUUCUCAUUAACCCCUUGGAGAAGAAACCUGCUGUUGCUACAUUGCACACUGCCGAAUCGGCCAAAGAGCUCGUGAAGACCACUCCAUUGGUUCCGACGCUGAUUUCCUCAACGCUUGCUUCUAUUCGCGGUGAGAUGGACAAGAUGAUGCUGCGAUGCAGCAUGUCUCCUGCAAUCCGAGAACAACAAGAUGAGUUCAAUGUUAUCACUGACCGUGAAGGUAAAAUGCUGGUUGGUCAGUUCGGUAGUUUCAUCACUCAGUUCCUUGAUAUCUGGGAGGGCUCAAUCGAGGAGGGCGACGUCUUCAUCACCAACGACACCUACCAAGUACAAGGAGCCAUCAGCCAUCUCAACGACAUCAUCGCUUUCUUGCCUAUUUUUCAUGAUGGGAGAAUCAUCGGUUUUGCCUCGCAAUUCGGUCACCUCACUGAUGUGGGUGGCAUUGUUCCCGGGAGCAUGUCAAUUAACGCAACAUCUGUCUUCGACGACGGUGUGCAGAUCCCAUGCAUCAAACUGUAUACCCGGGGCGUGAUGAACAACGAUAUGGUCAAUCUUUUGUGUCGUAACUCUCGGCAGCCAGCUUGGUAUCGCUCCGAUUUGACCGCUAUCGUUGCGUCUUGUUCCAUGGCUGCGACCAGAGUUCGAGAGUUGGCGACUCGCUUUGGUGUGGAGGUGUAUUUAGCUGCAUGCUCUGAGCUACUCUACCGCAACCGCAGCGGCUUUGCCAAGAUUAUCGAGCGACAGUUCGAUGACUUGGAGAGCAAAUUCACCGACUUUGUCGAUGACGACGGCCACGGCGUCGGACCCUGGGCCCUGACAUGCUCCAUGAAAAAGGUAGAUGGUAAUCGACUGAAGUUUGACUGGAGCGGAACUUCGCCACAAAGCGAACGCAGUAUCAACUUUUAUCUCUCAGAGACGAUGUUCCGGAUGUUCAUCGGCUACUAUCUUAUUGCAGCAGCUGCCCCAGGAACAGUCAUCAACGACGGUUUCCACGACUUAAUCGACGUGCACAUUCCCAAAGGCACAGUUCUGAAACCCGUUCGACCAGCGCCAAUCUCGUGCCGCACUCAUUUCCUCGGACGCACCUUGGACAUUGUUCAGGCUCUUAUCGGUCAGAAGCAAGACUCUUACCAGGCAGCUGCGGGUUUCAGUGACUCGCCGCACUUCUUUUACUCUGGUUUCAAGCCGGAUGGUGAAUGGUACCAGCUCUAUCAGAUUGGCUUUGGAGGUGUACCGGCCCGGCAGGCUGGUGAUGGUCCAGACUGCCACUGUCUGUUCCCUGCGAUCAAAUCCAUCCCCACGGAGAUCAUCGAGCUCAACUAUCCACUUCGCAUUGAAGCAAAUGAGAGCGUUGCUAACAGUGGUGGUCCCGGAUUCUAUCGUGGUGGAAAUGCUCAGCGCACGCUGUACCGAUUCCUGGCGCGUGGCGAAUUCAGUCUGCAUGAUGAUCGAUGGUUCACCAAGCCUUGGGGCUUGAAGGGUGGUAAGCCCGGACAGCGAUCUCGUAAAACUUUGUACCGAUACUCCAAGUCAGAGUCGAACCCUCCCACCGAGAUCCUGCCUUCGAAGUGUGAUCAUGUCCGUGUCGAUCCGGGUGAUCUACUCGAGUGGGUGACCUGGGGCGGUGGUGGACUUGGUGAUCCUUUGACGCGCCCUGCCGAAAAAGUUGCAUUGGAGGUUCAGCGGAAACUCGUGACGGUCGAGGGAGCUCGUGCUGGGUACGGUGUUGCGGUGAACGACGAUUUCUCUGUGAACGAUGUAGAGACCGAGACGCUGCGUACCCAAAUCCGACUGCAACGCACACAGAUCGAUGAAUCUUUCAUCUAUGAUCGUGGAGGCAGUAUUGAAGAGUUGCGAGAGACCUGUUUGCAAGAGACUGGUCUUCCUGCCCCGUUGCCUCAGUGGGAAACAGACCUCUAUGGGCCUCAUGCUGGGGUUUCAUAUGUGCAGGAUUGGUUUACUGACAUGCGAUCGCGCAAGGGAUGGGAGUUGAGUUGA